AUGAAACAAGAGUUGGUUCUUAUUAGAUCUAAUAAUGACUUAGAUGGAGUUUUCUUUAAGGAUGAUGUAACAACUCCAUCUACAACUGUAGAAACCCCAAAAGUUACUUUCGAUAAAAUCUAUUGGAAAGUACCACAUAUUUCAGUUGAUAUACCACAACAACUAGCACUCACUAGAAUACUGGAGUCAAAUAAAGAUAUACUAAUUGGAUUUAGAAGUUGGGAACUUGUUGAAUACUCUUCCCUAACUGAAACAACACGACACACAUGGCCUGUAAAAACAACUAGCAAACUGGAAGCUCCCCGUCAUGUAAUAAUUGCCUUUCAAGAAAAUCGAAAAGGAGAUGUUAAAAAAGAUAUGAGUCAAUUUGACAAUGUAGAUUUAACAAAUAUUAGAAUAUUUUUAAAUUCCGAAAGGUAUCCUUAUCAUGACUUAUAUUUAAAUUUCAAAGAGAACAAAUAUUCAUCUUUAUAUGAAAUGUUUGCCAAUUUUCGUUAUUCUUAUUAUGGUACUUCUAAUGAACCCAUUUUUAAUCCUGAGAAAUUCAAGGAGAUUUCACCAAUUGCAUAUAUUGAUUGUUCUCAUCAAAAGGAAACGCUUCAAACGGGUUCUGUUGUAAUGAGAAUUGAGUUUGAAACAAACAGUGCAAUCAAAAAAGACACAUCUGCUUAUUGUCUUAUUUUACAUGAUAAAUUAUUUAGUUACAAUCCUUUAACAAAGAUUGUCAAACAAUUAUAA